AUGCCUGCUCUGGGACGACCCUUCACCCUGGGCAUGUUGUACGACUGCAGAGAAGACUCCAUCGUCCCAGGGAUAACGUUGUGGGACCUUGAUCAUUUGAGAACCGACACAGCAACACAAGUCAAACCCGACAGUGAGCUUGAAAUUGUGGCUUCAGAAUCCAUCGAAGACAAAUCCUCCGCCUUAAACGUGGAAGCAGCUCUUAAGGCGGGCUUCCUCUGUGGUCUGGUGGAAGUGGACGGAUCCGCAAAAUAUCUCAACGACCAGAAAAGCUCAAAGUAUCAGGCCCGUGUCACGCUUAAAUACAAGGCCACUACAAGGUUUGAAGAGCUGACUAUGAAACAUCUGGGCAGAGGGAACGUAAAGCAUCCAGAUGUCUUUGACAAAGGCCUCGCCACACACGUAGUGACUGGUAUUCUGUACGGAGCACAAGCCUUUUUUGUAUUUGAUUGUGAAAUGUCCAAAAGUGAAAAUGAGCAAGACGUCCAGGGAGACCUCCAGCUGAUGAUCAAGAAGAUCCCAAGUCUUUCAAUAGAAGGCAAAGGAGCUCUAAAAAUGAGUGAUGAGGACAAAGCCAAAGUGGAGAAAUUCUCCUGUAAGUUUUACGGAGAUUUUAACCUGGAAAAAAGCCCAGUGACGUUUGCAGAUGCGGUCGAGGUGUAUCAAACUCUACCCAAGCUGCUUGGAGAUCAUGGAAACAGAUCUGUACCAGUGAAAGUCUGGCUGCUGCCACUUACAGCUUUGGAUUCGGCUGCUGCUCGGCUGGUGCGAGAGAUCAGCGUACGUUUGGUUAAAGAAUGUCAACACGUCCUUGAAGACUUCCACGACCUGGAGCUGAGUGCGCCAAGACAUCUCCAAGUGGUAGUCUCAAGUAGUGAAAUGUCCAUCAAAUGGCAGAAGCCUGAUACAGUAGGAGAAAAUGUGGCUCUGUUGGGUUAUGUGGUGGAGUUUGCGCGGUGCGAAGAAAGUCUUGAGUGGAACCAGAAAUACACAGUGGUUCAGAGCAUGGACAUCACAGGGCUUCAGCCUGGGGCUACAUACGCAGUCAGAGUCCACUGUGACUGUGGCCUCUCAGGAAGAAGCAAAGACACAGACAUCCUGCGUGUUGUUACUACAAGACGAGAGUUUGAACGGCUUGCAGAGCACCUCGUACACAACAGCAAAAAGCUCAAAGGUGGAUCGUUCCCUCCACAGUACAAACUGCCAGUGGUUAAAGAGGAAUUGGACAUAGAUGGAUGUCGCAUGUUCAGCCUGGGCAAAGAGAGCACAAGGCACAAUCGCACAGUGAUGGUGAUGGGUGCCACGGGCUCCGGAAAGUCCACUUUAAUCAAUGCUAUUGUCAACUACAUCGCCGGAGUGGAGUUCAAAGACAACUUCAGGCUUAAGUUGGUUCACGAAGAAACUUUCAAGUCUCAGGCAGAGAGUCAGACGUCUGAGGUCACUGUGUACAAGCUGUACCAUCAGGAGGGCUUCCAGAUUCCCUUCUCCCUCACACUGGUGGAUACACCUGGUUUUGGAGACUCCAGAGGAGUCCAGCGGGAUGAGGAGAUCACCGAGCAGAUCCGGAAACUGUUCAACUCCUCAGACGGCGUAAGCCAAAUCGACGCAGUGUGCUUCGUUGUGCAGGCUGCGCUUGCUCGGCUCACGCACACCCAGAGAUAUGUCUUUGAUUCUGUACUUUCCAUUUUUGGCAAAGACGUGGCUGAGAACAUUCUUAUGCUUGUGACUUUCGCUGAUGGACAACAGCCCCCGGUCCUUGCCGCCAUAAACGCUGCACGCUUCCCUUACCCAAAAAACGAACUUGGUCUGCCCGUUCACUUCAAGUUUAAUAAUUCUGUGCUAUUCUCAGACAAUAGAGAGGCCCAAGGUGAAGAUGACAAUUUUGAAAAGAUGUUUUGGCGCAUGGGCACUAAAAGCAUGCGGAAGUUUCUCACAGAGUUGAACAAAAUGGAAACCAAAAGUUUGCAGAUGACAAAAGAGGUGCUGAAAGAACGCAGGCAGCUUGAGACGGCUGUGGAAGGACUUCAGCCACAAGUGAAAGCCGGAUUAGCUAAACUCCAAGAGAUCAGAGCCACCACAGAGCAAAUCAAAGACCACGAAGCUGCCAUGACAUCCAACGAAAACCACGUGAUCGAAAUAGAAGUGACCAAACCAGUGCAAGUGCCUCUGAACAACAAAGGGGAGUAUCUGACCAACUGCCAGGCAUGCCAUGUGACAUGCCAUUAUCCGUGUGCAAUUAAAGAGGACAAUAGGAAAGACAAAUGCAACGCCAUGGACAGAAGCGGCAAAUGCACCGUGUGUCCAGGUUACUGCCACUGGAGCGUGCACCUCAACCAGCCGUACAAGUGGGAGUAUGUGGCAGUGAAGCAGAAGCAGACAAUCGGAGAAAUGAAGGAAAAGUAUUCCAGGGCCAAAGAGGAAAAGAUCUCAGUGCAGCAGCUCAUCCAGCGGCAGGAGGAGGAGGUCGAUCGGCUGCAGGACAUGGUGGUGUCACUGAUAGACCAAUCAGCACACAGUCUGACCCGUUUGAGUGAGAUCGCCCUGAGGCCCAACCCGCUCAGUGCUCCGGACUACAUCCAGAUGAUGAUCGACGGUGAGAAGAGCCAAGCCCAGCCUGGAUACAAGCAGCGCAUCCAGGCUCUGCAGGCCAUGAAGGACAAGGCCACCAUCAUCUCACAGGUAUCCAAGAAGGACAUAGUCAGAACAGCAGAGGAGAGCAGAGAGCAGUUGCAGCCAGAGAAAAAGAAAAAGUUAUGGACUAGGAUUUUCCAGAGCUAA